GUGGUCUGAGAGAAAUCAGCUCUGUCUGCAGAAAGCUUCAGGAUUCAAAGAUUCACUCAGAGACAAAAUGGCUUCCAGAUCAGAGGAGGAUCUCUGCUGUCCAGUCUGUCAGGACGUCUUUAUGGAUCCGGUUGUUCUGUCAUGUAGCCACAGCUUCUGUAAGGAAUGUCUGAAGAACUGGUGGAGAGAGAAACCAGCAAGAGAGUGUCCAGUUUGUAAGAGGAAAUCUUCAAAGGCGGAACCACCUUGUAAUCUGGUUCUGAAGAACCUGUGUGAAUCAUUCCUACAGCAGAGAAACCAAAACGUUUCAGAGAGUCUCUGCAGUCUGCACUCUGAGAAACUCAAACUCUUCUGUCUGGACCACCUGGAACCAAUUUGCUCCAUCUGCAGAGAUUCAAAAAAACACUCCAGCCACAGAUUCACACCCAUCGAUGAAGCUGCUCAGCAACACAGAGAGAAUCUGAAAACAUCUCUGGAACUUUUAAAGAAGAAACUGGAGCUGAAGAAGGAAGUUAAAGAGGAGUUUGAUCAGACAGCAGAACACAGGAAGGUCCAGGCCCGACACACAGAGAGGCAGAUUGUUGAGCAGUUUAAGAAGCUUCAUCAGUUUCUAGCAGAGGAAGAGGAGGCCAGGCUGGCUGCACUGAGGGAGGAAGAGGAGCAGAAGAGAGGGAUGAUGAAGGAGAAGAUGGAGGCUCUGAGCAGAGAGAUAGCAGCUCUUUCAGACACAGUCAGAGCCACAGAGGAGGAGCUGAGAGCUGAAGACGUCUCAUUCCUGCACAACUACAAGGCUGCAGUGGAAAGAGUCCAGCGCUGCCCCCUGCUGGAGGAUCCACAGCUGCCCUCAGGAGCUCUGAUAGACCAGGCCAAACAUCUGGGCAACCUGGCCUUCAACAUCUGGAGCAACAUGAAGAACAUGGUGACCUACACUCCUCUGGUUCUGGACCCAAACACGGCUCAUCCAGAACUCAUCCUGUCUGACGAUCUGAGCAGUUUGAUGUUUGCAGAGCAGCAGCAGCUUCCUGAUAAUCCGGAGCGGUUGGAUAAAUGCCGUUUGGUUCUGAGUUCAGAAGGUUUCAGCUCAGGGAUCCACAGCUGGGACGUCGAUGUCGGAGUCGGUGGGACCUGGAGACUCGGUGUGUUAUCAGAGUCUGGAGGGAGGAAGAACUACAUCACCUCUGCUUUAUGGGAGAUCUGGUUUAGUGAAGGGAAACAUUACAGCUGGUCUCCAGGAGUUCCUCUUACUGUUCUCCCAGAGCAGAAACAGAUCCGGAAGAUCCGAGUGGAUCUGGACUGGGACGGAGGGAAUCUGUCCUUCUCUGAUCUGGAUACUAACACACACAUACACACCUUCACACACACUUUCAGAGACAGGAUGUUUCCUCACUUUGGCACAGAGAAUAAAAUACAGAUUUUACCUGUGAAGUUCUCAGUAACAGGAGCGAAGCAACAAAGUGACCUUUGACCUGAGCCUCCAGAGCCACAUAAAGCCGGUUCCAGAGUGGGUCUCUAGCAGCUGCAGAACAUUUCCAGGACCAGAGGACUAAAGUCUCAGAUCAGAGAAACUCAUCCAGGCUUUAGUUUCUCUUUAGUGGCUUUGAUUCCUGCAGCAGCGUCUUCACAGGUCUGAUUGACAACCCAACGGUCCAGAACGCUGCUGCUGGAGUUCUGACUAGAACCAGGAGGGUAGAGCACUGCUUGGUUACCUUUAAUUCAGGAUAACUGGAACAUUUAUUAAUAUUAUUAACGAUGAUUAUUGUUGAUGAUCGGAUUUGUCAAAAUGUAAAUGUUUGGUGAUUGUUGCUUUACUACUGAUACUAGUUCUCAUCAACAUUAAGGAAUUAUUGGGUUAAAACAGGCUUCUAUAUGUUGUUGAAAAUGUACUUGUAAAUUAGUUUUGUCAUAUUUUCCAGGUAUUAAAAUAUCUGCAUUAAAAACUGGACCAAAAUACUUGGAAAGGUUUUGUUUUUCAGUGCAGUAAAACUGAUUAUGUCUGAUGUUUUUAUCAUAUGAAGCACUUUGAAACGCCUCGUUUCUGAAACUUGCUAAGUUGAUCAACUUGACUUGCAUCGUUCUGUGUUCUCCAGCAGCUGAUACACACACACACCUCAGUGUUUGGAUCAGUCCGGUUCCGCCUGGAUCCAGCUGAUUCCAGCUCCUCAGGGUCAGCGUGUUCCGGCCCAUUCUUCCUGUUUGUCCCCAGAAUAAAGGCGGGAGGCAGCGAGGUAAUAACUGGACGAGUUAAAUUGGUUUCCAUUGACUCCUGCUAUCUCCCAGGAGGAGCUCAUCAGGCGGAGAGCCGCCGAUGCUGCAGCAGAGCAAUAGCGUCCCGUUCCCGCCCUGGAGCCGCCUGAUGGCAUCGAUAACCGUCCGGGUCUUUUCUCCUCUCCUAAUUGCCUCGCCACCGUGCCGGCCUUAUCUCAAAUAAAAGGUUCAAACACUGAAAUAUUUGUCAUCACAUUUUUCUGUAAGAAAUCAGAGAUAAGAGGCAGCCGGAGCGGAUCAGCACUU